GUUUCUUUUUUUUCCGGUAAAAAAAGGAGCAAGAAAGCAGAUCAAGUACGUAGAACAUCAAAUUGUACCAUCUCAAAGACAUAUUUUCCAGUGAAAUAGACAGAGCUAUGAGUGACCCCCAAAAACUGACCCUGCCGUCCAUCAAGACUGGCACUAACAGCAAAAAGCGUGUACUGACCAAGACCGUGCAACCAGAGUGGUACAGGCGGUACGUCGACAUUCUUCCCAAGGAUGAGAGAGUGUAUGUACAACCGAUCAGAGAAAUCAACGAGGAGAAAGCCAUGAUCGCAGCGAUGAAGACACCGCCUAUUCAGAAGGACAGAGCCGAAGAACUAGCCAGGAAGCUUGCCAUCGAGAGGGGUACCAGAAUACAGACUGUCCUUGAGCUUCUGGAGGGGAACACGAAGAAUGCCAAGGAGAAAUUAGACUCCCUGAAGCCCAUGACGAGCGCACUGAAGUACUUGACGGAGAGCAGAAAGGACGGAAAAGACUCGUUGUCGGCCCGCUCGAGACUCGAGCUGCUGAUCCCGCCCGGGUGGAAGCUGCGGCCCGAAUCCAGAUGGCGCAUGUUUCGAAAUAAUAAACUGAUCCGCACCAAGAUCCACACACUGCACAACGAGAUGAGAGAGGCUAAGGUUCGACACCGAUGGCAAAAGGCGAUCCGUACUGUGCGGGCAGUCAUACGCUUCAGGAACAUCAUCGCAGACAUAGCCCGCACGACAGGGGACGUAUUUAAGCAGUUUAACCUCGUCAUGGCCAGAGAAAUGGCCAAAAACAGGGAGAAGGAGGGCCUCUACUUUGAUAAAAGCUACUACAAAGCAUCCACUAUAGGGAAAAACCUUGACAUCGGGUCUAUUUACACCCUGGGGAAGACAGAGAACAACAGAACUGAUGAUGAAGUUCAGAAGGAAGAAGGAAUAUUCGGACGAGCAUAUCGCCAGUACUCAGUGACGUGUAUCGAAACUUGCCGACUCCUGUCCAUCAAUAUCGACGAUUACAACCGGAUGUGUCUGGGCGCCGAUUCCGAGGACGAAAAUCCCGAGCAUAUCCGGCUUGUUAGCCAGCUUGACUUCAUGCGGUACUUCCCAAUGAAAAAACUCAUCGAAGAAGCAGAUGGAAACAUUAUCCUCUUCUACUUUCCGGCAGGUCACGUGAUCACCAGAAAAACAGAGGAGUCGGACUACAUCUACGUCAUCAAAUCGGGCACUUGUCGUGUGUUGGCGGAGGUCCAGAUGUCGUCUGUCUGGGGUGAACAGAAGACUAGGACCAUGAAGGUGGUAGUGCCGCCAUUUGUGGAGGCCAAGGACAGUAAUGAUUCCAUGAUGACACUGGAAAUCAUUGUGAACUCCAAAAGCGAUGAAGUGGUGCCGGUGGUUGCAGAUUCGAGGAAAAGCUCCGGCAGCAGAAAGAGGUCUGAGGGGGUGAGAAUUAUCCAGCGUGAUUCCAGCACACAGUCAGUGAGGCGAAGGAGUCAGGAGUUCAUUUCCAAUGGAG